CUUAGUGAUGGUAUAAAUUUAGCCAAUAUAAACUACGUUAAUGACACUUGGAUACCAUUGCAUACUCGAAUAUAGGCAAGGAUUCUGUUUUCCUUAAACAAUAAUUCUCACCAUUUUGCCUAAUUCGUGACACAUGCACGUGCUCUUAGCCACCCUUCAAAAAUUUUGUAUAAAUAGAGGCACAACUAUUCAACCUAUUCACCAAAAAAAAAAAAUCUUAUAAUUUUGAGUAUACUUCAAAAUUAACCAUGAUUGGUUUGGUACUUUUUCUUUUUCUCUUUCCAUUUGCUUCUGUCUCAUCAUAUCCUAAUAAUUGUCCAAAAUGUGGCACAAUGGAUGUUCCAUACCCUCUAAGUACUAGUGAUAAUUGUGGUAACCCUAACUACAAAGUUUAUUGUAAAAAUGACACCUUAGAGUUCUUAUCAUCUGUUGGAUUUUACUACAAAAUCCUCAAUAUCAAUCCAUAUACCUCUAGUCUUAUUAUUAGCCCUCCUUUCAUACAAAAAGACACCUGCCAAUCCUCAGAUCUUUCUUUGGGUGGCUUUAAGAUCGGUGAAAAUUCUCCUUUCAACAUAUCUUCGCGAAACACGGUCAUGUUAUUUAAUUGUUCUGAGAAUAUUCUCUUGUCCCCAUUGAACUGUUCCUCGAGCAGCCCGUGUAGGCGGUUCGAGGAGGUGAGUCAAGGAAGGAACUGUAAGAACACAUUGUGUUGCAGUUACUUGAAAGAUGCAUCCAUGACAUCUCAUAGAAUUAGGAUUAGAGAUGGAGGAUGCACUGCUUAUAUUUCUUUGGUGGAUUUUAAGGCUGAAGAGUCUAUUAAUGCAUGGCGUUAUGGCAUUGAGCUACAGUGGAUACCCCCUAACUGAGCAUGCAUUGGCCUAUAUAUGUUGCUCAAGAUUUUUCAAAAAAAUAUACCCUAUAUAUUAAUAUUAGUGUUUGAUCUUUCAAAAAUACAUCACAUUUGGAGGAUCCAACAUACCCCGUCUCUAUUAAUAUUUUUUGAAGAAUCGAGCAACAUAGAUUAUGAGAACAUUAUUCCUGUUGUCCUUUUAAGACUUUUUCGUAUGUGUGCAUGAAAGUACGUUGUACUAGUACUACGUACUACUAAAUAAUAAGAGUGACGUUACGUGUGUGUUGCAACUUUCUAGUUUAUGUGGUUGUCGAUUGUCUUUAAGUUGUGAUUAUUUCGUGUGGGGUGUUGAAGUACUAUAUAUAAAAAUAAAAACCUAUGUACUUCCUAAAGAAUCUCUUUGCUUGUAUAUAUAGUUGUAUGUUUUUUUUAAUG